UCCGCAGUCCGGUCCGCAAGCCAAGCUUAACCCUGUGGCGAUCAGCUAGCUCCUUGUGUGAUUCUGUCUCCAUCUCCAUGGGAAGCUUGCAAGAGAAGCCCCGCCUUCGGCUCGGCAGCCUGGUGAGCGGCCUGCAAGAGGUGUACGAGAGCGGCAGGACCAGGGAGCUGGCUUGGAGGCGGUCGCAGCUCAGGGGACUCCUCAGGCUCCUGUCGGAGAAGGAGGAGGAGAUCUUCGAAGUGCUCCGCGACGACCUCGGCAAGAACCGUGCUGAAUCCUACAGAGACGAGCUUGGGGCUCUUGUCAAGUCCGUCAAUCACACGCUGCGAAACCUCGGGAAAUGGGCGGCUCCCGAGAAGGCUCAAGCUCCGUUGGUUUCUUUCCCGGCGACCGCGCUAGUGGUCCCCGAACCGCUCGGCGUUGUGCUUGUAUUCUCCUGCUGGAAUUUCCCAUUAGGCUUAGCUCUAGAGCCGGUCUCAGGUGCGCUUGCGGCUGGCAACGUCGUGGUUCUGAAGCCAUCCGAACUCGCGCCAUCCACCGCUGCAUUCCUCGCUGCCACCGUACCGAGGUACCUGGACUCGGAGGCUGUGAAGGUCGUCGAGGGUGGACCGGAAGUUGGAGAGCAACUCAUGGAGCACAGAUGGGACAAGGUCCUUUUCACCGGGAGUGAACGUGUAGGGCGCCUUAUCUUGACGAAAGCAGCAAAGCACUUGACCCCAGUCGCGCUUGAACUGGGCUCAAAAUGCCCCUGCAUCGUUGAUUAUCUGGAUGGCAAGAGGGGCAGACAGGUUGCAGUGAAUCGCAUAGUUGGAGCGAAAUGGUCAGUCUGUGCCGGCCAAGCUUGCAUUGCCAUCGAUUACAUCCUGGUCGAGGAGAAAUUUGCACCCAUUCUGGUCUGGUUCACUCUGCUAUCUAGAAUUGGGCUACUGAAAUCAACGCUCAAGAACUUCAUCGCUACACCGGAGUGCAUGGCCAGGAUACUGAACGCAAAGCACUUCCAGAGGUUAAGCAACUACCUGCAGGAUGUUAAGGUGGCGGCUUCUGUGGUGCACGGUGGUUCACUGAACCCAAAGACCUUGGCCAUUGAACCUACCAUACUGCUGAACCCUCCGGUCGAUUCUGACAUCAUGACCGAGGAGAUAUUUGGCCCGCUGCUCCCGAUCAUCACGGUAAAGAAGAUCGAAGAUAGCAUCAGGUUCUUAAAGUCAAAGCCGAAACCUCUCUCGAUCUACGCUUUCACCACGAACGAGAAGCUGAAGCGCCGGAUUACAGAGGAGACGUCAUCUGGGAGUGUCACUUUCAACGACGCCAUUGUGCAGUAUGUGGUGGAAGGCCUCCCGUUCGGCGGCGUCGGGCACAGCGGGUUCGGGCAGUACCACGGGAAGUAUACCUUCGACAUGUUCAGCAAUAAGAAGGCGGUCUUCAAAAGAAGCUUUCUGAUCGAGUUCAUGUUCAGAUACCCGCCGUGGGACGACAGUAAGAUCCGGAUGUUGAGACAUGUCUUCAACCUCAACUAUGUAGGCCUGCUCCUCGGCCUGCUCGGCCUGAGGAGAUGACCGAAUAAACCCACACGGAGAAAGAAACCAGCGGGAAUAACUGAUCCGAGAGAGAAGCUACGCCGUAUGCACCCAAGCAUCUGGACUGCGCACAGCAUACCUGAAACGUGGCCAGGCAUAGUUUUCUUAAUCUGAUGGCCAAUAGAUCGUUUGCUCCAAAAGACUAAAGAGCGAACGUUCGCUCAAUAUAAAUUCCGUAUUAUUAUCAUACAUGCGUUGUGUAACAUGUAAGUCGGUUGCAUAAAUGUGUUGUUUUAUUUUUUCCAUGUAGUAUUUCUGUUCCUAAACA